AUGUCAACUGAGCGAUCGAGAGCUCCCUUAACACCUCAGCACAAAGCCUUCAAUUCUCGCAAUAGCAGACAGUCUAAUUCAGAUGUUCACCCACAAUUAUAUGAAAUUUAUCAAGCAAAGAUAGUUAGUAUCCAAGAGUAUGGUGCAUUUGCUGAAAUAAAAGGAUACUCAAAACAUGGAUUAAUACAUAAAUCCCAAAUCUCAAAAUAUCGAAGUGAGAAUGUCGGCGAAAUUUUAGAAGUGGGGGAUAUUGUUUGGGUAAAAGUGAUUGGAGUGGAAGAUCAAGAUGGAAAGACAAAGAUCAAACUAUCAAUGCGAUACGUAGAUCAAGGUCGAGGUGAAGAUUUAGAUCCCAACAAUGUUCAAUUAAGUCAAGAUCAAAACCGUCAUAAGUCGGCCUCUGCAUCAAAGAUUGUGAAUCCAAUCGAGAUAGCUGACGCUGUUGUUAAUGCAAUAUGCAGACGAUGUGGUGGCAAGGGGCAUAUGGAUACCGAUUGUUUUGUUCAGCAAGGUGAACAAUACUCUCUCGUUGCAAGUGACGAUGAGAUUUAUGCUGCCGCUUCAACAACAGAAGUUGCAGCAGCUAUUAGGAAGGAUAAGCACAAAAAGAAAAGAGAUAAGAAGAGGAAGAGGAGUCGAUCUAGGAACCGAGAACAAGAGAGUCCAUCACAUAAAAGCAGGCGGAUCAAAGAGGUUAAAACUAUGGACGAUGCACUGGAAGUUAUGCGUGGAAAAGCACGGGAAAAAGAAAGGAAAAAGCACAAGCACUCUGGAGGUGAUAAACGUAAAUCGCGAAGCAAAUCGAAGCGCAAAGACUAUUCUUCCACUACCGAGAGCUCAUCUUCUGAUUAA